AACGCCAACCCCAAUGGCGGGUUUUUACAGACUGUUAUAGCAGCCCCUCAUCUUCCAAAUCGCGAAAAACACACACCACACACCAUUCGCGAUUUUCCAUAGUAGCAGCGCCUCUCGUCGGGAAUUCCUCCUACUCUCCGUGAUUUCGCCCUCCAUUUAUCAAUCGGUACUAGUUUUCCCCAAAAUCUUCCAAUUUAUUUGGUUAGUAUACUUAUCUUUUACAUUAUUAGAGUAAUUGUUGGAUACUUAGCUAGGGUUUGUAAUGGGUUGCAAUUUGAGUUGAAAUAUUGUGCAUAUGGAUUAUUUGUAUGACGUUAGUGUUGAUUAUUAUGUUGGGUUGUUUGGAUUUAAGUGAAUUUGUGUAUAAAUUUGAUUAUAAACCAAAAUCGUAGGGUUUUAAAACUUGAAAAUUGGGCAAAUUGAUUUGGUUUAUGUGGGUGUUGGUUAGUGUCUUUGUUUGUAGUUUGAAUUGUUAAUAUUGUGUAUAUUGUUAGGUUGAAAUUGAAAUUGAAAUUGUUAGGUUGGUCAAACUAAAAUUGGGUAAGUUGAAUUUGUGGAGAAUUGAUGUAUAUUGUGCAUUUGAACGGUUACUUUUGUGUAGGUGAAUUGUGUUAUGAUGUUGAAGUUGUGUAUUGUGAAUUAUUUGAUAUAGGUGUUCCAUUUUGUGAUAUUGUAUAAAAUUGUUUGUAAUUAUUGAAUUUGUUUAGGUUUGUUUAUUGUUUAAUUUGGAAUAUGAAUGUGUGUAGGUAAUUUAUGGCAUCUUCUUCAACUUCUCGUCGUCGGCUCUUAUGUGGUCCUGAGGACCCCUCCGUAUUAUAUCUGCAGAGACAACACGUCUCUAAUAACAUAUGGGCAGGAGUGCCAUCGGAAGACGUACGGUGUAGAAGAUACGAAGGAAUCAUAUGGGAUGUUCCCAUAAAUCCUCGUGUUUUGGCGGUUAUAGAUGAGAUGGGGUUCGGCGGGAUGUUGAGGUGUGGUCAACCGAAAGACAUUGACCACCAUCUUAUCACCGCUUUGAUCGAACGUUGGAGGCCUGAGACUCAUACGUUUCAUUUUCCAGUCGGUGAAGCGACUGUGAGCUUAGAAGACGUGGAGGUCUUAUGGGGCCUCAAAACUGACGGUGAGCCUCUGACGGGUUACAUCCCCACUAAGGAUGUCGGAUAUUGGAAGGAUGUUUGUUUGGAUUUUCUUGGCUUUAUUCCAGAUGCAGUUGAUCUAAAAGAAAUGAACUGGAAGCAGACAAGCUUAUCAAACCAACUGCGGAUUGAGCUGAGUGAUGACCACGAGCAAUACAUGUACAAUCAACGUGCUCGUGUGUAUUGUCUGCUGUUACUGGGUGGUCUACUGAUCCCGAACGCCACCGGUAAUAAAAUUCCCUUCUUCUACCUUCAGUUUUUCAUGGAUAUAGAACAAUGUGGUAGCUAUAGCUGGGGAGGUGCGACUCUUGCCUGCUUGUACCACAAUCUAUGUGAAGCUGCACUUGGUAAGAGGACCGAUGUCGGGGGAGCUCUUACAUUGUUACAGCUGUGGGCUUGGGAGAGAAUCCCAAUUAUUAGACCGCAGAUGCUGAACCCCACGCCCGUAGACUACUUACCAUGUGCAGUCGCGUGGACUGGUCGGGCCUCUUAUGUAAAAGCACCCGGACAUUGCAUUGAAACUUUCAGAGAUCAGUUCUCAACAAUGCAUGCCAAUCAGUUUAUUUGGAGGCCGUACGUCAAUCGAAAUCUGGCGGAUAUUUGUGUUGCCGGUCCCUAUAUGGACGUCGAUGACAACACUAAUCUGCUGGAAUAUGGUUGA